GUGUCGCGUCAAGGCGCGCGUCUCCUGCAACGUUUGUAUAUCGGAAACCAGUUCUGUGUGACUAGGUGACCUGGUGACUAGGUCUAGUGUAUCGUGUCUUUACUGAGAUGUGAGUGUGUUACUGGUGUGUGUGUACUUCAGGAAACACCGUAGGUGUGGUGUUUGGUAUGCGCGGCGUACGCGCGCGGCGUUAGCGAGCGAUGGUUCGUGCGCAGCCUCUCGCGCGCCUGCUGCUGCUCUGUCUGACCCACCUCUCGCCGCCUGGAGCGUGCGACGUAGCAGGCGGUGCGGGGUCAGUAAACUCUUUGCCGGCAGCCGGAAGCGCACGACUGGCGCCAUCUUUUGACGCUGCCACGCCGAAGAACGUUACGGCUCUCGUCGGGAAAUCCGCUUACCUCAGCUGCCGUGUCAGAAAUCUUGGGAAUAGAACGGUGUCAUGGAUCCGGCACCGCGAUCUACACAUCUUGACGGUGGGCGGUUAUACGUACACAUCCGACCAGCGAUUCCAAGCGUCGCACUCGCCGCACACCGACGACUGGACGCUGCAGAUCAAGUGGGCCCAGCAACGCGAUGCCGGCGUCUACGAGUGCCAGGUCUCCACGCAGCCCGUACGCUCAUUCUUCGUCACAUUACAUGUCGUUGAUUGUGACGAGAUCUACCAACGGAUGUUCUCAGACGCAGUGCCCUCGGCGCGUAUCCUGGGUGGCCCCGACCUUCAUGUGGAUAUGGGAUCCACCAUCAAUCUGACCUGCCUCAUCCAGUUCAGCCCCGAGCCCCCUGCCUACGUGUUCUGGUACCACGAGGACGAGGUGAGCGGCCGAAAACAGGUGAUCUCGUACGAUUCGGCGCGCGGCGGCGUGUCGGUGGUGACGGAGAAGGGCGCGGCCACGACGUCGUAUCUGCUGGUGCAGGACGCAGCGCCCGCCGACUCCGGCCGCUACUCCUGCGCACCCUCUAACGCCGACCUAGCCUCCGUGCGAGUGCAUGUGCUCAAUGGCGAGAGACCGGCGGCGAUGCAGACGGGAUCGGCGGGUCUGUCGGACAGCUCGCGGGCUAUCGCGCUGCUGCUGGUCGCCUCGCUACUGCACGCGCGUCUGCGCUCCGCCCUGCUCGCGAGCUGAUCGCCGCCCAAUUACACGCGUCUUAACUAAGGUUUUUUAUGAGCGAAAUAUAACUGCGAGUCCUCUGGAUUCAUAUUCACCGCGGGGGCGUUCUUAGACGACGUCGCCGUGGUCGUGAAAGCGAUUGACGAACCGGUGCCGGCUACUCUUGUACAGAAAAUCUUAUUUCUUAAUUAAAUAACUUACGAAUAAAGGAUAAAUGUGUAAUUAAAACUCAGAGAAUCGUUACAUAAUUGUUAUAACGUAAGUGAAAUGGAACGUCUCACAAUUAGAUUUUUGUAAAACUUCGCUCGAAUUAGCCGUUGUAAAUAGUAUGGUUCGCGGCAGACGGUGGGUCACAAGCAAGUAACUGACGGGUCCUACUCUAACAACUCCUCUGGUCCGAGUAUCCCGUGAUGAAAGUUAUCAACUCUGUUUGGACUCGAACGAAAGGUAUCAAAUUUUGUCUUAAAGACGCAUUUAUAACUUGAUCGUUGUGUUCCGAGUUAAACUAUUCACUGUAUAUAAUCUUAUUUUAAAUAUUAUUUUUAUCAGGAAAAGUUAUAACUACUUCAGAGUCCAGGAUACGAUGACCAGCCAUAGGAGCAAAUUAAAUUCACAUUUGUCAGUGUAAAAUUGAUAUUUUUAAGAUUAUACGUUUAAUAUUGAAUUAUCUCGUUGAAAGUCUUAAAAAGCUGUAUUGUAAAGACGGUGGUAUUCCAAAUUAAUUAAUAAAUAUGGUUUACUGAUUAUUAUUCGUGAAUUUAAAAUAAGUGUGUAAUGUUUUUAUACCGCGCCACUCUAGAAAUAGAAACCUUAAAUAAUAAUUGUUAUACAAAAGAUUAUAGAGGAACAGAUCAGUUGAUCGUUAUCUUUUGCUGUUCGUGUAAAUAACUAUUAAUAACGAGAGAGGUUUGAGUAGGUAUAGGUACUUGUUUGGAACAGUAACAACAUAAUAGUUCUGGCGGUCAUGCUUGUUUCAUUGUAAUUCUAUUAUUUUGUUUUCAGAUGUACCUAAUUAAUAAAAUCUGUAAAAUCAUGAUGAUGUAAUUAAAUUUUGUAUGUUGAAUGAUUUCGUGUUCAAGGAAUUGAAAUCGUUGUGCGAAUUAAUUUGGUAAUUACUUCAAUCUAGCGAAUUUAAAUUUAUUUUAAAGUAAAACAACUAUAUUUAUAAAUAUAGCG